AUUUAAAUAGGUCCCGAUCCAUCAACGUAGGGAAAGGGAAAGAAAUUAAAGAAAGAGACUCAAUCCCCAUUCCGAUAUUCCAUUGAACAGUGCCCUUUUUGUUUUCUCGAACUCCAACCAUUCCCUUCACCUUCAGAAACCUCCAUUAUACCCCAUUCAUUCACACACACACUCUCUUUCUCUCUCUCUCUCCUAAUAUUCUCUGCCCGAAAGAUAAGGGAAAACCAUAUUCUUUCUUCUCUCUCUCUCUCUUUGCCCCCUCUUUCUUCUUUCUUUUAUUUUCCUCUCUGUUUCUCUCCGUGGAAAAGGGUCCUGGUCUCUCUCUGAUUUCUCAUAAAUACAGUUUACCCUUUCCACUUACUUUUCCCUUCAAAUCUUUCUCUCAAAAGAAAGAGAAACAAGUCUGUUACUUUCUCUUUUUCCAGCAAAACUCUCUGACUAGUGGUUUCUGCUACACUAUACCCUAGAGCUCAUCCCUCAUUUAAUGUUCUUAUUAUAUAUAUAUAUAUAUAUAUUAGUUUCCAUCAGCCCUACUAAAAAGCCUAGUUCCGGUCCACGUCUCUUUUCUCUCUUCCUCAACACCAAUGCAAAUAAAUCAUAAGCCACUCAUGAUUUAAUCAGACUACUUCAAAAUAUCAUUACUUUUCAACUUUCAACCUUUUCUUUUUCUCUUUAUCCUUCUUCUUUUUUGGGUAUCUUCUUUUAUAUAUUUUAAGACUUCACAAAAGUUUUUCUUCCUAGAUCCGAAUAUUCAAUAGCAAUAAUGUUCCCAAACCAGUCCACUAAAAUGAGAAGUAGUUCAUCAUCUUUGCCAGACCUCUCGUUGCAGAUUAGCCCACCAUCGAUCCCAGUUCCAGAUUGUCUCACUGAAGCUAAUAAUAACGAAGUAGUACUACUCUUAAGCGAUAGGAGCUCAACCACCACCGAUUCAGGUAGCAGUACUACCGGAAGUGAUUUAAGCCAUGAAAAUGGUUUGUACAACAAUAACCCAUUACAGAAAACUACUAAUUGUUAUAGCAGCCUUGGUGGUGGUUCGAAUCAUCACGAACCUACCUUGAGUUUAGGUUUUGAAACGAAAGAUAAUCAUCUUCCGCCACCAGUACUACUUCAUCAUCAACAUCACCAUCAUCUACCUAGAAGCUUUAACAGUAAUAGCAAUAAUAUUAAUAUUAAUAAUCAUCACCAUUUCCAUAGUCACCACCAACCUCAAAUUUAUGGGCGCGAGUUCAAGAGAAAUCCGAGAUCGAUUAGUGGUGUCAAGAGAAGUGUAAGAGCUCCUAGAAUGAGAUGGACCACAACCCUUCAUGCUCAUUUUGUUCACGCAGUCCAGCUUCUUGGCGGCCAUGAAAGAGCAACGCCGAAAUCUGUAUUAGAGUUGAUGAAUGUUAAGGAUCUAACCCUAGCUCACGUGAAGAGUCAUUUACAGAUGUAUAGAACAGUGAAGAGCACUGACAAAGCAGCAGGGCAAGAGCAGACAGAUUUGGGUUUAAACCAAAGGACAGGGAUUAAUAUUGUUAAUGACGACCAUGUAGAUGGAGUAUUAUCUUCCGAGAUAUUAGCUCAACCCCACUCCGGACUACCAAGUUCCCACGUAGGUCCAUGGUCAUCAUUACCGGUCGAAAGUCCCAACGAAAGAAGCCAUUCAAGUCAUGAAAAUGGUUCGACAGUUCCUCAUGAUUUCGGAGAAAAUGGUGCCAAGGUAUAUGUGGAAAAAAAGAGGUCAGAUAGCUUGGAGGAGAGGGUGGAGUGUAGCUCGUUGUCAUCUUCGAAUAUGUGUCUUAACCUAGAGUUCACCCUUGGAAGGCCAAGCUGGCAGAAGGACUAUGCUCAUCAUGACUCAUCCAACGAACUAACCCUUCUCAAAUGUUGAACAAUUGUAUUACUACAAUAUAACUACAUAACGUUUUCUCACUCUGUCGGUGGAUGCAAAAAUAUCAAAUGCACACGCAUUUGUUCUAUCUAUUUCCCCCGGAAUUUUGUCUUUGUUUAAUUUGUCAUACAAAUUAAAAUUAAUUAUGAGGAUGAGAAAUCUGGUAUUAAUUUAUAUA